UUUUGUUUCCACAAAGGCUGCAAUUUGAGAGAAAUCACUAAAGUAUAUAAAAAGACAGCUAAAGCAGUGGGCGGGAAAAAAACACAACACACUGACAACAAGCGAAUAGAAUAGCCAACGAAAGUACACCGAGCAGUAGUGAAUAACGCCGAUAUAUAGCCGUGAUUGAAUCUUUUGGAAGAUGAUAGAUUUGACUGGGGAAGAUAGCACCCCAGAAACUCAAUCACAACUUGAAACCAAACAUAGAUUUGAAACAGAAACCAAGGCAGAAAGACGUAAACGGUUUAUACUUGAUACUGAUCCACACACUGCCAGAAGCCAAGAUGUUGAUAAUUCGACCAAACGAUUCAAAUACCUUUUGGGGUUAUCCGAUCUAUUUCGAUAUUUUAUUGAUUUGAAUGUUUCUAAAGAUAAAAAUUUCAAAAAUCUUAUUAAGCAAAUCGAUAAUGAAGUGUCUUUCAAUCAACCUUCAAGAAAUUCCAAGUCCAGAAAGAAGAAUAAUAAAAAGAGAAGGAAAACUGAAAAGGAAGAAGAUGCAGAAUUAUUACAAGAUGAAGAAGAUACUCCUACUAUAACUGAAUUUUCAGAAAGUCCUGGGUAUAUACACGGUGAAUUAAGACCUUAUCAAAUCCAAGGUUUAAAUUGGAUGGUUUCUCUAUAUGAAAAUGGAAUAAAUGGUUUUUUGGUGGCUGAUGAAAUGGGAUUGGGUAAAACUUUACAAACAAUUAGUUUUCUUGGUUAUUUAAGAUAUAUUAAAAGUAUAGAUGGCCCUUUUAUUGUAAUUGUUCCAAAAUCAACCUUGGACAAUUGGAGAAGAGAAUUUCAAAAAUGGACUCCCGAUGUAAAUGUUGUUGUUUUACAAGGUAAUAAAGAAGAAAGAGCAGAAUUAAUAAAUAAACGUUUAUUGACUGCAGAUUUUGAUGUUUUGGUUACUUCUUUUGAAAUGGUUAUACGUGAAAAAUCCCAAUUGAAAAAAUUUAGAUGGGAACAUCUUAUAGUUGAUGAAGCUCAUAGAAUUAAAAAUGAAGGUAGUUCUUUAUCACAAAUUGUCCGUUUAUUUUAUUCAAAAAAUAGAUUAUUGAUUACCGGUACUCCUUUACAAAAUAAUUUACAUGAAUUAUGGGCUCUACUUAAUUUUUUAUUACCCGAUGUGUUUGGUGAUUCUGAAAUGUUUGAUGAAUGGUUCGAAAGUCAAGGUGGUAAUUCGAAAGAUGCUAUAGAUGUUGAUGAGUCGGAAGAUGUAAAACAAGAAAAACAAGAUAAAGUUGUUCAACAACUUCAUCAAGUUUUAACUCCUUUUCUUUUACGUAGAGUUAAAUCGGAUGUUGAAAAAUCAUUAUUACCAAAAAUUGAAAUCAAUGUUUAUACCGGUAUGACAAAUAUGCAAAUUACUUGGUAUAAACGUUUAUUAGAAAAAGAUAUAGAUGCAGUCAAUGGUGUGGUUGGUAAAAGAGAAGGUAAAACUAGAUUAUUAAAUAUUGUUAUGCAAUUAAGAAAGUGUUGUAAUCAUCCUUAUUUAUUCGAUGGUGCAGAACCUGGUCCUCCAUAUACCACUGAUGAACAUUUGGUAUUUAAUUCUGGUAAAAUGAUUAUAUUGGAUAAAAUGUUGAAAAAAUUUAAAGCAAAUGGUUCAAGGGUCCUUAUUUUUUCUCAAAUGUCAAGAUUAUUAGAUAUUUUGGAAGAUUAUUGUUAUUUCAGAGAUUACAAUUAUUGUAGAAUUGAUGGCUCCACAUCUCAUGAAGAUAGAAUUGAAGCAAUUGAUCAAUAUAAUGCUCCUGAUUCUGAUAAAUUUGUGUUUUUAUUAACCACUAGAGCUGGUGGUUUAGGUAUUAAUUUAACAAGUGCUGAUAUUGUUAUCUUGUAUGAUUCUGAUUGGAAUCCUCAAGCUGAUCUACAAGCAAUGGAUAGAGCUCAUAGAAUUGGUCAAAAGAAACAAGUUCAGGUUUUCAGAUUUAUUACUGAAAAUGCAAUUGAAGAAAAAGUUUUAGAAAGAGCUGCUCAAAAAUUAAGAUUAGAUCAAUUAGUUAUUCAACAAGGUAGACAAAUGAAUAAUAAUAAUAGUGUUGGUAAUUCUAAAGAUGAUUUAUUAGGAAUGAUUCAACAUGGUGCUGAAAAAGUUUUCCAAUCACAAUCUGAUCAAUCAAAUAUGUUAGACGAAGAUAUUGAUAAAAUUUUGGAAAGAGGUCGGGAGAAAACUGCUACUCUCAAUGCUAAAUUUAAUAAAUUAGGUUUAGAUGAUUUACAAAAUUUCACUUCAGAUGCUUCAGCUUAUGAAUGGAAUGGUCAUAAUUUUGCCAAAAAAUCAUCAUCUGGUAAUUUGGGAUUCUCUUGGAUUAAUCCUUCUAAAAGAGAAAGGAAAGAACAAACUUAUUCAAUUGAUAAUUAUUAUAAAGAUGUCUUAAAACAAGCAACUUCAACCGGGAAACCAUCAAGAGAUAAAACAAAUCAAAGUAAAAUAAAACAACCAAAAGUUUAUACUGGUCAAGAUCAUCAGUUUUUCCCAGAAGGUUUAAAAGAAUUAUUGGAACGUGAACAAUUAGCAUACAAAAAAGAAAUUGGCUAUAAAUAUUCACUUGACGAAUUUGGUGAUAGUGACGAAGAAUUUUUAGCUGAGGAAUAUAAAGAAGAUAUUUCAAGAGAACAGAAGCGAGAUCAAGAACAAAAGAAAGUUAAUGAGGUUGUUCCUUUGACAGAAGAAGAAACAGAGUUGAAAAAUAAAUUACUAGAACAGAGCUUCCAUAAUUGGACUAGAAGAGAUUUUACAAAUUUCAUUCACGCAUCUGCUAAAUAUGGAAGAGAUGAAUAUGCUAAGAUUUCGAAAGCAAUGGGAAAUAAAGAUUCUACAGAAGUUGAAAGAUAUCUGAAAAAAUUCUGGUCCUCAUACAAACUUAUUGAAGGUUAUGAAAAAUAUUUAUCUCAAAUAGAGGCUAGUGAAAAAAAAUUAGCUAGAUUAAUCAAUCAACAAAAAAUUCUUGCUCAUAAAGUUGAAACACUUAAAGAUCCUUUGGAAGAUUUAAAAAUACAAUAUCCUCCAAAUAAUUCAAAAAGAAUAUAUUCAAAAUUGGAAGACCGCUUCAUUUUAUUAUGCGUUUAUAAAUUUGGUCUCUUUAGUGAAAAUUUAAUGGAAAAAAUUAAAGAAGAAAUAAGCAAUAGUGAUCUUUUCAAAUUUGAUUGGUACAUUACUUCAAGGACUGCACAAGAAAUUGGUAGAAGAGUAAAUACUUUAUUAUUGGCUCUUAGUAGGGAAUAUGAAGGACCUCAGAGUAAAAGAGGAAAGACAAAACAAAUCAAUGGUAAUAACUCUAAUUCAAGUACUCGUGCUGGUUCUGUCGAACCUUCUUCUAUUACCGGAGCUACUCCAAUUCCCUCGUCUGCUUUUUCACCACCUCUUGAUGGGGAUAUGAAAACUUUAACCACUAAUGGCUCACUUGAUACUGGUAUUAAGCGUUCUAACGAAUCUUUAAAAGAAGAAAAUAAUACUAAGAAAGUUAAAGUAUAAUAGACAAUUCUUCAGUAACAUUUUGUAUAAUAAUGUAUUUGUAUAGUGAACUAAAG